AUGCCUCAUUUAAAUUCCGAGAGAACGCGCGGCUCUCCGGCGCUUACUUCUCCGGUUUCGCCGCCGCUUCCGCUUCGACGUGCAGUUUCGCGGAGGGUCCAGUGCCGCGGGAGGAGUGAAGUGGGAACGAUUCUUUCCGGAGUCAAAUUCAUUCCUCGUGACCAGAUUGAUGAGAGACAGGGUGAAAGCUCGGAUUCUGCAGCAGAGGGCCGGAGGAGAUCCGGCGGUAGGAAGGAAAAAUACAGUAGAAAGAAGAAAGGUUCUAGAUACGAGAGUUCAGAUGAUGAGGAGCUCCAGCAAAUAAGGAAGGCGCCUAGGAGGAAGAAGUGGUACUCCUCUGAGGAGUAUUCGUCUUCUGGUUCAAGUGGAAGCGGCGAUGACGACUCCCCGCGAGACGAAAGAAGGCGUCGUCAUGACCGUAAAAAGAAGAAGAAGAAGAUUGAUGCUAAAGAAUCGGAUGGUGGGUCUAAGAGCAGGAAGAGGAAAAGCAAAAGUGGUAGGAAGACUUAUGAGGAUUUUUCUUCUUCUUCAGGUUCUGAAAAAUCCGAUAGCUUUGACGGUGAUGCUAGGAAAGAGAAACAUCGGAAAGGUAGUAAGAAAGAUGGACAGAAAAAGGGGAAGGAAGGAGCUGAGCAGAACGCAGUCGAGGGUGAUUUUGAUGACCAGAAAAUUGUGAGGAGAGAAAUGGGGUUAGAAUGGAUGCUGAGGCCUGAACAGAAGACUGAGAGAAGCCCACCAAUAACUGUUGAUAUAGAGCCGUUGGAAACUGCGAAUGAAGAGGUACCUAAAACACAUUAUAUCCUCUUCUACAUCUUUUAAGAAAAGAUCAUUCUA